UCAGCUUUCUUAUUAAUUUCAUUUUUAUUCAAAUAUCGCAAUAAUGUGACAAUGUACAAUGCCGGAUAACCGAAUAUCCGGCUUUUCGCAAAAUGACUAUCCGUUCCAUCACUAAUUUAUUGUAUUGAGUUACUACAUGAGGUUGUGCAACUGGCAAUAUUUUUUCUGUUUUGAUAUCCACCUUUCCACUCAACAAUCUGGAAGCGUAGAAUCAUAAGUUUUGACCAUCAGAAUCAUUCUAUUAUCAUGCCAGCUUGUAACGGUUAGUUAUUGGCAACAUCUGUACAAUAGUCACAGAAACCUGUCUUUCUUUUCCACCACUUUUGAAUGCAUUAUAGGACACUUUACAAUUCUAUUUUAUUUGAUAGUUCCCGUACAUCCAUAUCUUUUUCCUGUAAAUGAGUUACUAGUUUGUUUUGGUAGGACUUUUAUCAGUCUAAGUACAGUAGCCUCUCCACAACCAAAUUCUGGUUCCUUUAUAGUUGGUUUUCUCACUUUUUUUGUAGUUGUCUCCAAAACGAGUAGCCAAAACUAAAGCAAUCCUAAUCCAAUGGUACUCAAUCCUAAAGCAGUAACCAGAAAGUAAUUUAGCUUCAAAGCAAUACAAGAACAAAGCAACUGAACUACGAAGUAACCUAUUCCAAAGCAAACCAACACAAAUUCAAAGUAGGCCAAGCCAAAACUAAUGCAAUCGAAUUCCAUCUUCAAAUAACCCAAUGCUACUUCAAUCGUAAUAACUCAACCCCAAAGGAAUUUAACCACAAAGCAAUACAAUUUCAAAGCAGCUGAGCAAAGUAACUCAGCAACAAAGAAAGCAAAUCUUAAAACAACUUAUACUCACAGCAAUUCAACCCAACCCAAACAAACUCAUUGUACCAGUAUCUCAAGCAAGUCAACCCCAAAGCUUGCUACUCAGGCCUAAAGCAACACCAACUCAAACCCACAAAGUAACUCAACUCGAAGCUGAUCCAACAUCAAAAGAAUGCGACUUCAAAAUAACUUAACUGAUUCCAUUGCAAUUGAAGCUUUUUACAAACAAUCCAACUUCAAAAGCCAACCUAACCGCAAGUAUUCCAAUUAAAAACCAAGUCAAACCCAAAACCAGUCAUUCUAAACCUAAAGCAAUGUAAUCAAUCAAGAAGUUAAUCCAAACUGGACUUCUAGUGGACUUGAGUUGAUUUGAACCCAACCGAGCCACAAACCAAGCCAAGCGAACUUUUGCCCAAUCUAACGUAAACUGAGAAGAAACUAACCUAAAUUCAGCUAACCCAAUUCAAAAAGAACUCAUUCAUUAGCUAAAACAAGUCCAAACCAAGCCAACAGAGUCAUAAAGUAACUUAAUGAUAAAGACUAAAAGAAUCCAAUCUUUUAGCAACUUACCUACAAAUUAAUUUAAUAUCAAAGCAAGAUAACCUUAAAGCAACACAACCAAAAAAUAACCCAUUUCCAACCGAACCCAAUAUUUGCUGUAAAUGAAACUAGAUACGUGGAUGGGUUGCUAUUUUUCAUAAUUUAUAGUUUAAUGAUAACAACACCAUCAAUUUUUGUGGAUAUACGUGAAAAGUGGUGUUUAUAGAUUUCUUACACUUAAAAAACUUAAUAAAGAAUAUCCUAAUAAUCUUUGAAUCUUUAUUUACAUUUAUUUGUUAUUUAUUUAUUUAAAAAACAUCAACUUCACAUAAAUCAAUAAACUUCAUUAAAAUGACAACAACAGAUACAGAAGCACUUUCAGAUAUUUGCACUGAACUAAAAUCAAAAUAUGAUGGUGAUCCAUUGUUCACCGACAAAUCUCCUCCACUUUCGGAAGGAGUUAUUAGGCAUCGAGUUUUCAUGAAUCUGGUGGAUACUUACAAUGCAAAACACAUAGCUUCGUUUCUAACUGAUCAAGUUGCUGGAAAGAUUGCUGCGCCAGGUGGCGAAGGCGAAGGUGAGGAAGGUGGUGGUGGGGGUGCCGAAGAACAAGAAAUUGUCGCACCAAAAGAGCUCCCUGAAUUGGUAACAGGAGAUAAAUACGAAAUUAUCGGAACUUUACAGGUUCCUUUUCAUAAAAAAACUGAAGAUAUUUUAUAUACAAUUGAGGAAAAUAAUGAAGACUUUUAUACAGAAAUUAUGAGAUGUAGAACUAUUAUAUACAAUAUAGGAGAAAAUGGAAACGAAAUACCGAAAGCUCUUGAAACUUUACAAAAAAUUGUUGAUGAAAUCGAAAAAGUUGAAGAUAUUGGCCCAAAAACCUUUAAAGCUUACUCAGAAUUAAGAGUUUUUGUGCUAAUAUCAACCGUUAUGACUUGGGGCAACACAAAACCCAUUGAUCCGGAGGAUCCGGAAACGCCAUUUAAUGAGAGUGAUUUUAAAAAACGGAAACCACAUCCGAAUUAUUUAGAGCAUAUAGGUUGUGAGCGAGAAGUAGUACUUCAAGGAAGAAAAUUUCCAGCUAAAUUAAAAACUUAUGUUAUUUGUUGUGGAGUGAUUUACGGAGAACAAGAAGAAGAUUUAAGUUUUUUCUUUAAAUUAGCUUUUUAUAAUGAAGAAUAUAUGCCGAUCCUUUUACCCGGCAAUAAUCGUAUCCCACUUAUUCAUAUUGCAGAUCUUUCAAAAAUAGUACAUGGUAUUAUUGAACUGAUACCAAAAAAACAAUUUAUUUUAGCAGUUGAACAAACUCCUUGUACAUUAAAACAAAUUAUAAAAGCUUUAUCUCAAACUAUGGGCACUGGAAAAGUUAAAGAAAUCCCUAAAGAAGAUGCGUUUUUAUACGCAGAUUUUACGCAAGAUAUGUUCGAUAAAUUUACAGUUAAUUUAACUAUGGAGCCAGGUUUCAUAGCCGAAGAUAUGGAAUUAGAAUGGAAAAACGAAAUGAAUUUAGCCGAAAAUAUGGCUGCGAUUGUAAACGAGUAUAAAACAUCGCGCAAAUUAGUUCCAAUUAAAAUCUUGAUUCAUGGACCACCGGCCGUUGGAAAAACAACUUUAGCUGAAAAAUUAUCAGAAAAAUACAACGUAGUUCAUUUAACUGCAAAAAAAGUCAUUGAUAUGACUCUCAAAGAUCUGAGAGAUAAAAUCACCGAUGAAAAAGAGAGAAUAAAAAAGAAAGAAGAAGAGGCGGCUGCCAAAGGCGGGGGGGAAGGCGGAGAUGAAGACGCCGAAGACGCCGGAGAAGAACAAGAAGAGGAGGAAGGUGAAGAGGUUGAUCUUGAAGCAAUUCAAGAUCAAAUACGUGAAAUUGAAACUGCUUUAAAUGGAACUGAAAAUGGAAGGUUACCAGAUGAUAUGUUAAUUGGUCUUGUUAAAGCACAAUUAAAAUCAAAUAGAUGUUCAAAUCAAGGUUAUGUUUUGGAUGGAUUUCCAAAAACUAUGGAACAAACCAAAUCAUUAUUUGGUGGGGGUGGUGGAGAUGGUGGUGGUGGUGAAGAAGAAGAAGCAGAAGAAGAGGAUGAAGAAGGUGGUGGUGGAGGUGGACCAAAACCCACAAUUCUCCCCGAUUUUGUGAUAACCCUUUACGCAACUGAUGAAUUUCUUUGUAAUCGAAUAAUGCAACUUCCUGAAAGAGAUAUUCAAGAUACCCAUUACACCGAAGAGGGGAUGUUAAGAAGAUUAACUGAUUUUCACGCUAAUAACACCGAGGAUAACACAAUGUUAAAUUAUUUUGAUGAAAUCGAAAUUCAUCCGUUAGUUGUUGACGCGAUGAAAGAACCGGAAUUAAACUUAGAGGGGGAAGUUGAACCGAUUCCGACGGAAAUUUUAGCAAAACUCGGUCCGCCGAUUAAAUUCGAACCAACAUUGCAAGAAGAAAUAUUAAUAAAUGAAUGUGUUGAAAAAGAAAGGCAACUGAAAGAGGAAGAAGAAAGAUUAAAGAAAGAAUUGGUCGAGCAACAUGCGUAUGAAGAGUAUCAGAAUAAAAUGGAGGAGUGGACGAGUUCCAUGGAAAAAAUACAAUUAGAAGAAGAAAGAUUGAUUGUAGCUCAAUGUGAACCGUUAAGAAAUUAUUUGGUAAAAUUUGUUUUUCCGACGUUAACAAGAGGAUUAAUGGAAUUAGCCAAAUUGAAGCCAUACGAUCCUGUUGAUUUCUUAGCGGAAUAUUUAUUUAAAGAAAAUCCCGAAGGGCAUAUGUUUGACCCUUCUUAUACAAGAGAAGGUGAAGCUUUGGAUGAAGUUAAAGAAUCUCUAUCUACUACUGAUUCCAAAAGUACCACAGCGACAAAUCAACAAUAGUUUUGAUAUCUUUAUUAAAAAAUAUGAUUGUAAUAAAAAGUGAAUAAAAAUAUUUGAUAAAUUUAA